AUAUUUUACAUGGAAGUAAAGUAAAAAUACUCAACAGGAAACUACUGAUUUAAAAGGUUGGGGGUUUAAUCGCGACUAAAAACACUAGACUACAGUGUUUAAUCGUGAUUGUUAAGUGCUAGCAUAUUGGAGUUAAUCAGGAAGAAGAUUUCUGAGGAAGGGAUAAGCGGGUGGAAACGGGUGGGAUAAUUACCCAAGGGGGGGGGUGUUUUAUAACCAUGUUUUCCCAUUUGGCGUCAUUAACUAACUGCGAGGAAGGUUGUGUUUUUUAGUUAAUAGGCUUUUGUGUUAAAUAAAGGAUUACAUAAAACACUGCACAACAUUUGAUUAGACAACGUUUUUUCUCUUAAAUAUAAGCUUUAAACCCGAAAGCGAAAAUAUAGAAUUUGGAGUGAAUUUUAGCAAUUCAGAGAACUUAAAAUUUUCUUGCCCCAUGCACAGUGGGGUCCAGUCCUUACAUACUAAAGUUUUUUAGCCCCUCCAAAGUUACUUCGCGGAACCUGUAACAGAAUAUUUUUUUUCCAAGUUGACUUCUGCACUAAAACUUCCGAUAGAUUGAUAAAGCAUUCAUUCUGAAUCAUUAAUGUUUAAAAAGCACCAUUUUGUCUCCAGGCUUUUUCACACUUUCUUUAUACAUGAAUGACGCCUGAUAUAUCAUUUAAUAAAAAAACCCGGAAACUAAGUUGGUUUUGUUCUUAAAAACACACAAACAGGUGGGAUAGGAAGAGAUUUUAGUUUUAACACAUUUUGACAAUUCAUGAGCUCCAUCUGCGUGGUUAAGCUUUCAGAGUAUUCUGUAAUUGCUAAAAAAAAAGAUAUGUGGGUGAGCGCAUCAAUUCGCCUUAAGUUCUUGUUUUUCAUGAAGGACUCUACUGGAUUCGCUAAAAAUUCGCAGCGUGACCGGGAAGCAAGAACAAAUAAUCCACAUUUGCAGUGUCAUAUAGUGGAUCUCAACCGCUGGAAUUAUUGUGGAACCAAUAAAUUAAUUUCUUUUUUAAAAGAAAGAAAACAACACCAAGAACGAUUAAAAAAUGAUCAAAAGCUUCAACAAACGCCUACAUUGCUUUUUCCUUUUUAUCAUUCUUCCCCAUCUCGGAAAGGCCAGCUACAACAACACAACAUCGUUUGAGGCAUGUUCUGUACCAACGAAAACGAGAAAUAUCUUUCUGGCAUUUUUCGCUACUGCUGUACUUGUUAUCGGAAUUAUCGGAAAUGCAUUGACAAUCCUCAUAAUACUUUUUUCAAGAAAUUUAUAUUCCCAUGUUGCCUACCAUUUUAUCGUUUCCAUGGCUGCGGCAGACUUGUGUAUAUCAUUUUUGAGUACGCCAAUCAAAGUGGAUAUGUAUACUCAUAAUGGUAGCUUUUGUCAUGGAAAACUAGCCUGCAAGACAAUUUUAUCAGCAGAUUUCGCACUUAUGACAGUAUCUAUUAAUCACUUAUUCCUAAUCGCUAUAGAUCGAUGUUUUGCUAUCUCAAAACCUUACUUUUAUGCGGCUCAUUUUACUAAAACCAAGGCAAAAAUAAUGAUCAUCUUUGUAUGGUUGUAUGCAGUAACAUGGGCAGUCCUUGGUUUAUUUCCUUAUCACCGCAGUUCCGUAUCCUAUAGCAUAGUACCUAUGGGCGAGGGAAUAUUCUGUUAUACUUACAAAAAGUAUUUCCACACAAUCAGCAUUACAUUUAUAUAUGUCGUCCCUACCAUCAUAUCAGCAUUUUUAUACGCUAUUGUUUUAUCCAUAGCGACAAAACAUGCGGCUGCUAUUGAAAAAAUGAAGCCGGCUGCCGUGAAACUAGCCCAGCCAAAGAAAUCAAAGGACACAAGAGCAUUAAAAAUGAUCUGCAUUGUAUUCACUGCAUACACUAUAUGCUGGUGCCCCAAUUUCACUAUUACAUUACUAAAUUACUGGCAUCCAAAGACAAUGUUAAACUUUGCUCAAAAAUAUCCAAUAGCUUACGAUGCUGUGACCACCAUCUUUAAUAAUAUCCUUCCUGUCCUGAACAGUUGCAUCAAUCCGUUUAUUUAUUUCAUAACGAGCACUCAUUUUCGAGUUUCUUUUCGAGAUGUUGUCAAUAGGUUGCUGGAGAAGCCUCGUUCUAAUUACAUGCACACCUACGAGUCCGCAGUCACCAACAGUCUGUACACUCGAAACCCAAAUGGCCGUGAGUAUCAAGCUGUUUAUUCAGACAAUACCUUUAGCACAACAUUGACAUGAAAUAAAUAAAAAAAAUUUGUCCAUUGCAGAUUACGAGUGCAACCAAAGAAACAAAUCUCAUGAAAAUAAAAAUAUCGUUAUGUUAAGGGUUCUUUGAAGAACACUUCCUACCACAAGUCAAAAGCAUUAGAAAAACGUAUAGCUUUUCACUUUUGAAUUGGCGUGUUUCAAAUGAUAAAUUACAGACGAACAAAUUUGCCUCAAGACUGCCUGUUCUCUGGACACAGGUUGAAGAAAGGGGUUUUGUGUAGUGAAGGUAAAAAAAGAGAGAAGUAAACAUCCUUGUAAUUCUAUCAACAUUUCUACUGGACAAAGCCUAUACUAAAAACGUUAGUUUACUAUCGAGUAAUGCCAAUUUAUUAAAUUUAUCAACUUCGUGAUGUUGACACGAAAAUAAUCAAUCUGUUUUUUACUUCAUUUGAACUUAUUUUUAGUCAAAUGAAAUAUUGUAUAUAUAUUGUGUGAUCUUGCAUUUCGGUUUGAGAAGUAAAACUGUAUAAAUGAAAAA